AUGCAAACAUCAAGUGUUCAGCCAGUGUUUAAAUUAGAACUAAACCACAAAGUAACACCAAGCGUUGUAACAAUAGCAAAAUAUGAUGGUACACAUCCUUGUUUGACUGCUUCGGCUGGAUAUGAUAAAAUUAUAAUUCACCACCCAUAUGGAGAGAUAGCGAGCGGACGGGCCCAGCGUUCUCAUGCGCAUGGAGAAGUAUCCGAACUGAAUGUGAGCCAAGCAGUAAUAGCGCUGGCAGCCGGUCCUCUGAAACCAGAUUCCUCGAGAGAUAUGUUACUGAUUGGAUCACCUUCUCAGAUACUCGCAUACGAUGUUCACGAUAACUCUGACCUCUUCUUCAAAGAAGCACCAGACGGCGUAAAUAUACUAAUAACAGGCAUCUUUGGCAAAUAUCAUGAGAUGCUCGCUAUUGUUGGCGGCAAUAGUUCCGUACAGGGUCUCAAUUGGGAAGGAAAUGAGGUGUUCUGGAAUGUUGUCAGUGGAAAAGUGUGUUCUAUGAUCACCUUUGAUUUUGACAAAGACGGUGAAAAUGAGUUACUGAUUGGAUGUGACGACUCUUAUAUAAGAGUAUUAAAGAAUAAUCAGUUUAUAUUGGAACUCGCCGAAACUGGACCAGUAACUUGUCUUUCCCCGAUCACUGAAGUUAGAUUUGCUUACGGAUUAGCAAACGGCACUAUUGGAAUAUAUGAAGAAGGCUUACGUCUAUGGAGGGUUAAGUCAAAGCAGAGUGCGAUCGCUUUGCAAUGGUCGGGCGAGUCGCUGGCCUGCGCGUGGGCAAACGGACGGUUGGACUGGCGAGAUGGUAGUUCCGGCCGGGUGCUUCGUCGUGUGCAGAUGCGCGCUGGCGCCGCCGCCAUGUUGCUCGCAGACUACCGCUCCGUUGGCACACCAGACCUCAUAUGCGUGUCAGAUAGGGGCGAAGUUUUGGGAUAUCCCCCAUACCAUGAGAAUGUUGGUUUCAACGCGACGUCAAAGAAGCUUCCUUCAGAAGAGGACCGCUUAGCGAUCACCGAACUGUUGAACAAGAAACAGGCGCUUAUGGUUGAGUUGCAGCAUUACGAGGCAAACGCCGCUAAUGCGGGUCUAGACCCAGACGACCGACCUGCCACGGGCAUGCCAACGAACACUCGUUUGCAAGUUGCAGUCAGUCCCGACGAAAACGAGGGGUGUUUAGGUCUCGCGAUAUCGACAAAUAACGAAACGAUAGUGCGCGCUGCCUUAGUGUUAGCUGAAGGAAUAUUUGAGACGGGCGAAACUCUAGCCCGGCACCCACCGCUGCACCUGUUGCGCUCAAUACUGCAUGCGCCUUUGAAGCCACCUCGAGAUGUUCCCGUCGAUGUACACAUUAAGGCACUGGUCGGUUAUGUCGACAGUGAACAAUAUCAUAUAUUCGAGCUAACGAAACAUCUACCCAGGUUUUCUAUGUACACUUUGGCGCCACCCACUUUAGUAAAGAAUAAAACAGACAGUUAUGUUACAUUUCGCAUUACGGAAAGGAUACAAAGAAUUUGUAUAUGGAUUAACCAAAAUUUUCUAUUGGAGCACGAGGUAGAAAUAGAAAAUGAAAACACAAAAGACCUUUACAUUAGUUUCCUAUGUCUAAGAGACAGGUCCCAUUUGGAUAUGAGUUUUGCGGCGGAUGGAAAUGUCAAGUUAACAACUUCUGAUAUUGGAUUAGCUGGUGACCUGAUACAAAGUUUAGCGACUUACUUGAAUUUGUCUGAUUUACAGGUAAGGUAA